GGUGAGAUGACGCAGGGAAUGACUCGAGAUCUGCACAGGCAGUGUUGAAAGCGAUGACUGCCGAGUCGCCCGGAUGGAUGCACGACACAUGGAGAUGGCCGAGGGCGCUCGUAUUGCUGCUUGCUGUGGUCGUGAUGAUCUGCCCGGCCGUCUCGCAGAUGAUGUCUGCAGAGUCAUCGAGGUGAGACGAGCGAAAUGAAUCAUAUCACAUCACUAUGGCUAACGUGCAUUUCUAAUGUGUUUGUCACUGCGUGUGUGUUGUCUGUGCUGCAGGUUGUUGAUAGAAGACAUGUACCGCCACGCGUGGACGUCUUACGUGGAGCAUGCCUUCCCUGCCGACGAACUGCAACCCGUCGCGUGAGUGAGCCAUCGACAGUCAGACAGUCAGACAGACAGACGUCCAUGCGCCGCUUAUUCCCUUCCCUCUCUCUCUCUGGUCAGGUGCAUUCCCCGUCUGCACCGCACUCGGGGCGCGAUGGACUCGAUCAUCGCCAAUGUGUCGCUCACGGCCGUCGACGCACUCGACUCGCUGCUGGUAGCUGAUGUCUUGUCUGUGCCUGUUGGCCUGGAUGUAUUCUUGUGUGUGUGUGUGUGUGUCAGAUUUUCGGCUAUGAGGAUGACUUCAGGCGAGUGGUGCAGCACAUCAUCGCCAACGUCACAUUCGAUAAGGUCAGAUCGGCCAAACACGACAGCAACCAUACACCCAUCAUCACACGGUCUGCUGUUCCUUCGUGUGUGUGUCUACGUGUGUGUGUGGGUGAAGGAUUUGGAGGUGUCCACAUUUGAGAUGAACAUUCGUGUGCUGGGUGGGCUCAUAUCGGGACACCUGCUGGCACUGGCAUCUCCCAAGCUGCUGCCCGAGUACAAGGUCCAUCCAUCGCACGCACUCUCUCUCUCUCUCUGUGCACGGAAUGGAUGUGUGUAUGUGUGAAUCGCAAAGGGCGAGCUGCUGGUGUUGGCUGAAGAUUUGGGUCAUCGGCUGGCCAGGGCGUUCGAGUCGCCAACCGGCAUCCCUUUCACACGGGUCGGUGGGUGGGGUGGGUGAGGGGGUCAUGUGCAUCACAAAUAAGCCAGCAUGUCAACGCGCAGGAGCAGACGUUAGAAUUCUCUUGUCUGCUGUCCGGCACGUGUGUGAUCGAGUGUGUGCAGGUGAACUUGCGUCGAGGCGUGUCGCGCAACGCCCCCCGGCGGACGUCGGUGGCCGAGGCGGGGACGUACCUGAUGGAGUUCGGGAUGCUCACGGCACUCACCGGCAACCAAACAUUCUACGUGACCGACCGAGGGCGGGAUGCACACUCACUCACUCACUCACUCACCGACCACCCUUCCUUCCUUCCUUGAUGCGUGUGCAAUUCUCUCUUUGUCUUUGUGUGUGUGGAUGUGUGGAUGUGCAGAUGUUGGCAAAGCAGUCGUCCAUCGCGAUAUUCUACAGACGGUGGGUGUGUCAAGUCGAGACGAGGGGAAAACAUCUCACUCACUCACUGGUUGUGCAUUGUCAUUGUGUUGUUUGUUGUGAUCUGGUCCCCCUCCCCUCCGCUCCUCUCCCCUCCCCUCGCCCAGGUCGUCGUUGGGUUUGGUGGGGAGUGUGGUUGACGUCACCAGCGGUGCCGUCAUGGACGGCACCUCCACCAUCGGACCGAACUGCGACUCUUUCUACGAGUCAGUCAGUCGGGCAGACAGGCACCUGACCUACCUGCACGUGACCUCGCCCAUGCGUGUGUGUGCUGCUGCUUUGCCAGGUAUUUGCUCAAAGCUUACUUUCUCUUCGAUGAUCGAGAGCUUUAUGACAUGUUCCAGCCGGUCUGGGAUGGGAUACACACAACCAUCCAAUGUCUCUCGUCAUGCAGAUGUCGUGUGUGAAUGGUUCGUUGUCGAUGUGUGUUCAGUUGGCCGAGGCCAUCGACCGGCACCACCGCUUCGAGGGUUUCUACUUCAGCACCGACGCCUACAGGGGCACGUGGCUGCACCAGCAGGUCUCGCCACUCGCCGCCUUCUGGGGAGGCACACAGGUCCCCACUCACAGACAACACGCAGCCCAACCAAUCGGACACUCACCAUCCAUCCGUCAAGUGUGUAGUGUGUUGUGUCUACCAGGUCUCGUUGGGUGAUCUGUUGGGUGCGUCGGCCACUGCCCACUACUGGUAUGCCCUCUGGCGCAUCCACGGGGCUCUCCCAGAAGGUAACCAACCCCUCCCUCCCUCCCCCUCUCUCCCGAUUCACGUCUUGUGUUGUGUGAUUCUCCCUGCACAGGGUUCGACGUGGAGUCUCUGCGCGCCCUGACCCACCUGCGGGACUCGCCCCUGCGCCCCGAGCUGUACGAGACCAACUACUACGUCUACCAGGCCACCAAGCUGCCCAUACACAUGACCAUGGCGGAGGAGUACGCCGCCCAGAUCAACAACAGGAGCAGAGUGGCGUGCGGCUUCGCGUCGAUCAAAGGUCACGUGGGGCAGAGGGGGGAGGGGCGAGGGGGGUGAGCGUAUCGUGUGUUGCUUUGUGUGUGGUGUGUGGUCUGUGGUGUGUAUGUUGUUGGUUGUAGAUGUGAGGAAGGAGGGGUCUCAUGAUGAGAGGAUGGACAGGUGGGGGGGUGGGUGGCCUGCAUGCUUGGAGGAAACAUGUGUGUGUGCGUCUGUCUCUCCGCCUGUUUAUCGUUGUCCAGCUACUUCCUGAGCGAGACCCUCGUUUACCUCUACCUCACCGUCACGCCACCAGCCGUCAUCGACCAACGGGUACACACACACACACACACACAGAGGAGAUGGACCAGCCUCCCUUCCCUCCCAUACAUGCAGCUGCCCUUCCCCCUGGCGCACACCGUCUUCACGACGGAAGGCCACCUCUUCCCCGCACCACGACUCAUCCCGCACCUGCUGCCAAACGGCACCGCACGCUUCAGCACCACCAACAGCAGCAGGGCCGACAACCACACAGACGGUGGUGGUGGUGGUGAGUAUGGCCGUGGCGAGCAGCAGGUGCAUCCGAUGGGCUUCCACAAGUUCAUUGUCAACCUGCCACCGGCCCUCGUCGAGACAAGACCCGUCGACAAGUCAGUCAGGAACCACACACACAGAGAAGAAAGGAAUCCACACACGGAAACAAGCGUGUGUGUGCGUGUUGUAUACUUAGGUGUCCGAGAGUGUCAUUCCUGGACCACGAGUCAUCCGCCGCCCGCAACGACGUCGUGUGGGUCCCCCGCGCGCCCACCUCCGCCCUGUCCCGCACCACGCACACCAAGUGCCACCACGAGAUGGCCUUCGCGACGGUCGUCAUCCGCCCUCCAGUGCCGCUGGACGGACCCAACGACUUCGCUGACGACCCCUCGUCGCCAGCCCCCUUUGCCCUUCACGUCAAGGGCACCGCCACGAGUGGCUUCACCGGCGCGGUGCCGCCCUUCCCGGUGUCACAGAUGUAUCACGUCAGCGGCAACCAUCGCGUGUUCUGCCCGUUUUACCCCAACCCGCCACUGCGAAAAGCGAGGGAGGUGCGUGGGAGUGGGGUCGGCGACGGGGCGUGCGCGUGCCGCUGGUGCGCCUGCAAUGGGGAGCAGGAUGGUGGGGAGGAGGACGGGGAGGGGGAGAGCUGCCACGUCAACGAGACGCUCCCAUCCCAUGAACUGGUGGCUUCAUGCGGCCACCGGCUGAUCGACGGAGAUAGGUUGGUGCUGUGGGACGGUGGUACUGGUGGAGGGUGUGUGGGGUGCUACUGCUGCCGACACGGCGGCGCGACCAGGGGCUCUGCGCGGUGCCAGUGCGAAAACGGCCUGGUGGCGCCGAUGUGCCACUGCCGAUGCCUCAAUCGGACUGAGAGUGACGCUGACGCCAUGGCGGUGUGCGGCGACACCGGCGAGAUCCGCUCUGUCCCCCUCACCUCCCUCGCCCAUCUGGAGGUGCCCCUGCUGCCUGGCGUGCCGUCCUUUCUGCUCGACCGACGGGGCCCGAUGAUGAAAGGCGGAGACCAUCGAUCACAGCACCACCAACACCACCACCACCACAGGCACCGACAAGAGCCAUCAAGCCCAGACCAAGGGCAGGAGGAGCACGGCAGUAGCUACCGGUCGUGGAUGGGCAGCCUGCAGCACCGGUUCGCCUACUGCUUCGAGCCGCCCGACGUCUUUGACUGGUUCACCUGGACCAUCACCGGCACCUGGCGGCGGGACCCGCGACACAACAACCACCAUGGCGAUCGUGGCGACGGCUAUGAUGACACCUCUCCAGUCUAUUCGGCCGACGAGAUCGAGGCCGUCGACUGGCGGCUGUCGGUGAGGGCGGCGCAGAUGUGUCUUGCGAAUGCGACCAGGGGAGGUGACGGUGGGGGGCUGUGGCGUGGGGUGAGGGUGGGGAGUGUGUCUCAGCUGCCGCCUGACCACACGCAGGGCGACGAGGGGCUGUCGAUUGUCAGAGGCAGGCGCUCCAUCAACACGUCAAGGUGAGUAGUGAGAAAAAGCCAGACAUACCUGUGACGCCCAUUGGGUAUCUGUCUGUCUGUGUGCAGGCGGCGCGUGACGCCCGGCAAGGGCAUGGGCGAGUUCCGUUUUGACAGCCCCAGCGAGGCGACACUUGCCUUUGGGCGGCCUGUGGUGAUUGCUGACCCGUCUGAAGCAUGCACGCCCCUGCAGACGACCGACGAUCGGCCGUUUGCCUACCUGAACAAGGUAGGUCUGUCAUACCGAGAGAGAGGGCCCUUCAAUUGUGCAUUGAUUGUGUCAUGACUUACUUGGUGUGUGUGCACAGGUAGUGUUGAUAGAGCGUGGCUCAUGUCUGUUUGUCGAUAAGAUCAGCGCGGCGGAGGACGCCGGCGCCGCUGCUGUGCUCAUUGUCAACUACCCUCACAGAAAAGGCAAGCCAGCCACGCUGCCCACACACACAACCACACAGGGAGGGCCACAGAGGGAGAGGGAGAGGGCUGGGGUUCCAUCCACUGCUGUCUGUGGGCGGACGUAUGUGUGUGUGCAGCUCAAGUGAUGACGGGCCCCGCGGCCCAGCCGGGUGUGAGCGGCCCACAGGUGCACAUCCCCGCGAUCAUGAUCUCUGCCGAAGAUGGCGACACUAUACGGUCAGCCAGGCACACAGGCACUCACAGACAGACAGACAGACAGACAGACAGAAGCUGUCCACCAUCCCCCUCAUUAUCCCUCGUGGCCGUAUGUCUGUCUGUAUGUGUGUGUGCAGGGAGCUGGUGUCAUCUCUUGGUGACUUCAUCUCUGUCCACCUGUAUGCGCCGCCCAGGCAGACGUCACACAUACUCGGGCAGCGCAGGAGGGCCGUGCGCAGACGACACGCGGCACGAUCAGCAGCCAACGCCUGACGACGAGCGCAGCGUGUUGGGUCGCUGUGCUGUCUGUACGUGCUGCCGAUCGGCUGUGUACCAGUAUAUUGAAAUUCUUGCCUUCCGCUGCGUAUGAAUCAGCGGCGACGCACGAAAUGGUGGCGGGUGACGUGAUCCCCGCUCACCCUCCCGUGAUCCGGCGCUACGUGAUGCGCAACAAAAGGGAUGGAUGGAUGGAUGGAUGGACGCAAGAGUGAGAUACGUGUUGUGUGCGUGUGGAUGUGCGUGGUGGACUGACUGAAUCUCUUCAAACCGACCGAC